AUGAUCGGCUUACAAUAUGUACGAGGAAUUUGUCAGGAAGGCUGCUUCACUACAGCUGUAGAGAUGAAGAUGAUUGGUGAUUUUCGCCCCGUUGGAUACAGGUUCUGCUGCCCUUCCCACUCUUUCCGGCGUAUAUUGUCAAGAGGAAGAAAUGUACCGAUUACGUUCUUUGCACGCAAUUCAACUCUUGAAGUUAUUCUGUACUUCCGUUGGGUCGUACUGACACCCGAUGCCGAAGACGCCACAUACCUCAAUUCAACACAGUUAGCAGAAGUUUAUAAACAAAGCGAUGCGGAUAACGGUGUGGAUAUGCAGCUGUUGGAGUUGCCUUAUGAACCACUUAUUGGCGCCAAUAUUGUAGGUGACAAAGAUGGGCGAAAGUCUCUGAAGAAAAUCCCCAGAGUAAAGACUAAAGAUUUACUAAGGUUUUUAGUCGUACUGACACCCGAUGCCGAAGACGCCACAUACCUCAACUCAACACAGUUAGCAGAAGUUUAUAAACAAAGCGAUGCGGAUAACGGUGUGGAUAUGCAGCUGUUGGAGUUGCCUUAUGAACCACUCAUUGGCGCCAAUAUUGUAGGCGACAAAGAUGGACGGAAGUCUCUGAAGAAAAUCCCCAGAGUAAAGAUCGCUCAUGAUGACCCUGGCUACAUUGGGGAAUAUGGAAGCAAUGGCGAAAGCUAUGAAGAUUACUCCGUAUAUAGCUAA